AUGCCCGAGGUUGUUCCGGUAGAGCUGGUGACGGUGGGGGAGCUGGACGGUGUGCCGAGGUCCACGCGGGGGCGGUUGACGAUCGAGCAGGUUAACGCGGCGGUUACGGACAUCCAGAAGGCGAUAGAGAGAAGGCAUGCCUUUCUCUCCAAACCUCGGAAGAAAAUGUCGGAGAAGCAGCGAGGGCGCCUGGAAGAGCUGCUGGGGCAGGAGGUGCCGGCGCACGGAGGGCGGCCGUUCAUCGCGGAGCCGGAUCUGAGAGCGCUCCCGUCCUUCAAGAAAGGAGAGAUGACAGCCAAGGCGCUCAUCGCGACGCUGCGAAAUCUGAAGCGCUUGAAGGGGGUACGCGGAGCGGGCAUGAUGACGUACGUUGUGUAG